AUGUUGAAGGCAAAUCGAAUGAUAUUGAAGGAGAAAAUGAAAGGGUCUGCAGCUUUUAGGGCUGUUGUUUCGGAAGAAUUAAAUCGGCUUGGACCUCCACUAAAGGAUGCAACAGGAUGGAAAAAAGUGUGGACAGAUUUCAAAUGUUCGCUAAAGAGGAAACUGGCAAAUAACAAUAAAGAGUACCGAGCAACUGGUGGUGGGCCGUGCAAUAUUAAAAGCUUUAAAGAUGUAGAAUCCCGUGUGUUAGAGCUAAUGGAUAUGAAUCAAUCUGCUGGAGCGCUGAAUAUAUCUGCAUUUGGAACCUUACCAUCAAAGCCAAAUGUUUCACAGGCACAAGAUCCACAGAAUGAAAAUUUACUACCACCAUCUAACUCUGAACAAAGCGCUGUCCCACACUUAAAUAUUGAAGAUGAACCUGUAUCUGUUACCCAUCACGAUACCUCUUUGGAACCUACGAGCCAGACCUCCCCAGUUGCCGUGAACGUUUCUGUAUCUUUCGACCAACAAAAUGCGGACGAACAGAAUGUAGAACAGUCUUCUGUAAUGCAACGCACGAGGAAGAGAAGAAUAAAAAUAAGAGCCGAAUGUCAAUUGGAAGCCAUGCAGGAACACAACAAAAUUUUGGAAAAGCGGUUGGAGUUCGACGAAGAACGUUUUGAGUUUGACAAAAAAAUGCGUGAACGACAGGCUGAGCGCGAGGCCCAACAAAUAGAGCUUAAUGGGCAGCAAAUACAAUUGCAGCGACAAUUAUUAGAUAAAAUCGGUUCGAUGGACCGGUGUGCGCAUCAAUAAAAAAAAAUAAAAUAAAGAUAAUGCUGGUUUAUAUGACAUGGUUUAUAUGAUACGGUUCAUAUUGAAUGCUGGUUGAGAUUUAUCUUCGCGGCCGACAUAAUAAAAAUAACAUUAUUGUGGUCAUACACUAAGCCAUCGAGUUUAUUGGGCAAAAUAUUUCCUGCGACCACAAUUUAACUAAAUCCUAAAUAAAACUAGUAUUAAUAAACAAUGUUCACACGAAUAAAUCUACAUUGCUCGUUCCUAAAUAAUUAAUUCUAUCAUCCGCCAAAUUUCAUUUAUUUUACAGACACAUGUUGUGUAAAGCACAACAUACGUUUACAAUCAUUCCACAUUUUUCUGGCGUGUAAUUUAAUUGCCCAUUGACUCUGAGCAGACAUCUAAAUUUGUUUUUCAAUAAACCAAUCGUUCUCUCGAUGAUGCAACGACCUGACGCAUGUCGCGAAUUGAAAAAAGACGCAGGUGUACCAUGUUCUGGUGCUCGAAUUGGUCAAAUUAACCAGGUCUCUGUAGGGUAACCAGAAUCUCCUGUAAAGAAUUAACAAUAGUAUUAAAUAUAGCUACGCAAUUGCACGGUUUCGUAAUAUUAUUACCAAGUAUCUUAAGCCUUUCUCCGUUUUGGUGCCAAUUCUUCUUUAACCAAGCUCAUGCGCCAAACAUGUGCAUCAUGAUUGGAUCCUGGAUACCUUGCGUCAACUGCACGUAUGCGAUUCUUGUUAUCACACACCUAAAAUAAAGAUUCUCUACAUUAUACGACCUAUUACAUAAUUUACCGUAUUUAUACUACUUACUAUCAUUAUGUUCAGCCUGUAAUUUUUUUCCUAUUGCAGAAUCGUAAUGGCCGAAUGCUUUUUUUUUUAUUCGGACACCACCGGUGUACCAUCUACGCACAUGACGACAUCAUGUAUUCCACUUUUCUCGUAAAAGUAUAAUUUAGCCUCAUGUUUCUCUUCUUCAGUCAUGUUUAGCGAAAUCCAGUCAGUGCACAUUACUUUCUCUAAAAUAGGUAACAUUUCUGUUAACACUUUAGAGAAAGUAGAUUUGGCGAUCGCAAUGUUAUAUUCCUUUCCGACUCCAUGCUGAUAUUUUCCUUCUGCAAAAAACCUAAGACAAGCAGCAAGUUUUUCUUCCAAAGAAAUACCAUUCAAAUUUUCUGCAUUGACGUGUGGUCUAAUGGCAUCCAAUAUGUGCAAGAAUGUCUCCUUCGAAACUCGGAAAUUUUGUAGAAAACUAAAUGAUCACAUCUUAGUGUUAAUUUAGCCUUUAUAACUGAAUUCUGGUAUCCUUACAAUUGAUCAGCAAUGUUCCGUACUAGACGGAAGAGUCAGGAGAGAGUGGCUACUGUCAGGGAUAUGAGAGAGACAGGGAGAGCGAGCGAGAAAAAGAAAUGGAUAGCGCGCUGACGAGUAGCGCAAGCGGCUAUGACAGGCGAAAGUGAGUUUGUUGGCAGCUACCGUAACGGACUGACGUGGUGGUCCUAGCAAAGAAUAAAAGAUAAAAAAAGAAUAAUCCUUCGACUCGUCCAUUGCUUUCCCCUGGCGGAAAAACCAAGCAAUGAACAACAGAUUUGUUUUGGCACGAAUCUCUUUGCGAACAAUCUUUUCAUUUCCGAUUUCUUCCUCGUCGGUUAAGGAUUGAUAAAAAAGGCUGAACAUUUUGAAUCACUAAUCACUUCAGAAUCACUGCAAACGAAAUCGAAUGGUGGAUGCAACACACGAUUUGGACCCCACAAUUCCAAACACGAUUAAACGAGUGCAGAAUAAGUUGACCAUUCUUUACAUGGCAUACUACUCUUGUGAUAUUCAAGUCAGAAUUAGAAUGGCAUAUUUUCGACAAUAUAGUGGGACAGUGUUUUCUACUGCCACGAGGCCAUGGCUGCUGAAACAUAUUCUCAUUUUCUCAGACAUUCAAAUCCCUCAAAAAGCAUUUCAAAUCCAACGUCUCCGAUUCACUACAAACUAUCGUUUCUACGAACUACGAACAAUCGUUCGUCAGAAACAGCACCAAUACGUCUGUAUGAAAGCGGGAAAAUUUUUGCUUCAAUCGCCAGACAAAAAAAUCAGCCGGUAUCGACUAUUAAAACAAACGUGAAAAGCAAAGAUCGCAUCAAAGAUUGUACUAAAGGUGACAUAUCGUUGCAGGGAACGAUUGUUACCCAAAAAAGACCAAAUACAAUAAUCGAAAUGGAAAGACUUCUAAUCAUUUGGAUAGAUAAUAUCACUGAAAAAAAGAAUUCCGUUGAGCACAAGAAAUAUCCAGAAGAAUGCCAAAUCUUUGUACGAAGACAUACGAUCAAAGUCAGGAACAGAGGAUCUAGAAAAUUUUAGAGCUAGCGCUGGUUGGUUUAACCGUGUCAAACAACGUUUCUUAUCUGCACAAUAUUAAGAUCACCGGCGAAGCAUCAAGUGCAGAUGAAAAUGCAGCAAAAUCAUUUCCAAAGCAGUUGGUCGACACUGUAAAAAAGAAGGGCUAUCUUGCUGAGAAUAUAUUUAACGUCGACGAGACGGCUUUAUUUUGGAAAAAAAU